UUCACCUUUAAGCUGAUACUACUUGACUUCCCGGCAGGCAUAGCGGUGCAGGCCAUGACGUUCUCGGAGUAUCUUGUCAACUCUGUCCAGCUGUGCGGCACCCCGGGACCUCUAGUCACAGUCACCUCCGUCACUUUGAUAGUGACCUUAUGCGCAUUGAACCUUGCCAGCGCGAGGACAUCAGCUGUCGUCAGCAUCGUCUUCCUCUAUGCCAAGCUGCUGGCACUGGGCGUCAUCAUCGUUGGGGCGUGUACCGGUUGGCCUCAGGGCAAGAUGAAACCUCAGACCUGUCCACUGGGUUUCAUGGGACGGAGACGUCGGCAGCAUCCAUUGCAAAGUCCUUCUACUUUGUCAUGUGGGCCUAUGGAGGAUGGAAUAACAUCAACAAUAUUACAGAAGAAGUCAAAAAUCCAAAAAGAAACAUCCCGUUGGCCAGCGUGUUCAGUGUCUUUGCUGUGACCAUCAUCUACCUCCUCACCAUCGUGUCAUACCUGGCUGUUAUGUCCCGCCAAGACAUGCUAGCAAGUAGCACGGUUGCUAUGACAUGGGGAACCAAAGUCUUGGGUGGCGGGGUGGCGUCUUUGCUCAUCUCUCUGUCAGUGAUGGCUUCCACGGCCGGCAGCGGCAACGCAGGAAUUUUUACCUCUCCCAGAAUAAUGUUCUCUGCUGCACGCGACGGCAACUUGCCGGAUGUUCUGUCGUACAUACACGUGACCAGGCGUACGCCGAUAGCAGCCAUUCUUUUUAUGGUCAUUCUUGGGAUCCUGUGUUGCCUCGUGGCGGACAUCGUCACACUUAUCAGCUUCUCUUCCCUUCUCGACUGGUUCUUUUACUUCCUCUGUGCCGUUGCUCUCCUCGUCAUUCGAUUUAGGCAGAGAGGCAAAGACGAUGAUGUCGCGUACAAGCAACCUGUGCUGGUGCCGGUGCUGUUCAUGGUGGUGUGCCUGUACCUAGUGGUGGUGCCGCAGCUGGACGGCCUGACCCUGGACUUGCUCUUCUCCUUCGUUCUCUUGAUGGUGGGGGUCGGCUUGUACCUGAUGUUCCGUUUCUUCAAGAACAGAAGUCACAUCUGCGAUGGCCUAGUGAUAUUCAUACAGCUGCUGAUGAGGGUUGGCCCUCCUGCUUCAUACGAUGCUUCGAGAUGACUCCGCUUCGUGCUGUUUUGAAAGAAACUAAAGAACUUGCAGUUCCAUAAGUUUGUCGACAAAAUAAAAAGUCACCUAACUU